AUGGCCGCAAUGGCAAAAAAAUCAAUAGAAGCAAGACAACGCAAACGCGAACGUUUAGUUGCUCAGUAUGCAGACAAAAGAAAAGCAUUGAAAGAUGCUGGAGAGUUGACUUUGUUGGAUAAAUUACCAAAGAACUCUUCAAAGGUAAGACUUCGUAACAGAUGUGCAUUAACAGGUCGUCCAAGAGGUUAUAUCAGAAUGUUUGGUAUUUCUCGUAUCACUUUCCGUGACUUGGCCAGCCAAGAUCCAAUAGCAGAUUAUUUAACCCGAAUCAGAAAUGCUCAAGCAGCAAAUCACCGUUUUGUGGAAAUUCCUGCAUCGAAUUUGAAAAAGAAAAUCACUGAAAUCCUUUACGAAAAAGGAUACAUCUUGAAAUACAAAUUUGAGGAUGAAGGUUUCGGUGGACAAGGAGUUAUCAAAAUUGCAUUGAAAUAUGAUGCGGCUUCAAAAACUCCGGUUAUCAAAUCAUUGAAGAGAGUAUCAACUCCGGGUCUUCGUCAGUAUUCUGGAUCACAA